CGAAUCUAUCAUAUUCGAUCAUUCCUCACUAUUCUAUCAUACUGCACUCUUCUGCUUUCUAAUAAAGCUCUUCUAUUAUUAUUACAAAUUGGAUAUAUAACAAUUAUGAACAGGUCACAUUAUUUUUGGUCCUUCAUACUCCUUGUUGCUCUACUGUGCACACUGAAUUGGUUUUUAUACAACUAUCAAGUAUAUAGAAACCAUUAUUGGUCUUAUACCCAGAAUAGUAGCUUUCAAGAAGACAUUGCUAAAUUUUAUCCGACAAGCAACAAAGAUGUUUUUGUCUAUCGACGUCGUCCAGAAACCGAAAAUGUGAAUUGCGGCCAAGUUUUAGCAGGGGAUACGGCCUACCUGAAAACGGUUACUGGAGAAUAUCGGAUCAAGAUUGCUGAGAAUGAAAGUCUGAACAUGUCCUGUGAGGCAGUUAUGGAUCGAAUUCUAUCAAGAGACCAUGUUUUGAGACCGUUGGAAAAUGGAGUGGCAUUUGCGAGAGUUGUCUACAUGGAUUACGAACUGAUUGAGAAGCAUGUCGAGAUGUCCUACCAUCCACAAAACUCAUUUUGCUUCGCGAUUGACAAAAAGGCAGCGAAGGAGUUUAAAGAGAGGAUGCAAGCGAUGGCAUCGUGUCUUCCAAAUGUUCUGCUUCUUCCAGACGAUCUAUCCGUUGACUCACAUGGCCAUAACACCAAUCUGGCACAUUACAACUGUCUUCGUGCUUUGAUCAACAAGCCCGGCUGGAACUAUGCUAUUCUACUCCAAAACCAUGAUCUUAUCACCAAGUCGGUGUAUGAGCUCGAGAAAAUCUUUAAUUGGCUCGGUGGUGCCAAUGACGUUGCCAUUAGGCCAGAGCUGGGACGGCUCGAUAAGAAACAUUUCAAAUGGGAUCCCAUGUCGCUGAAAUUAUUUCGGAAUGAAUCCGAAAUCGACCCUGUGAUUCUAAAUACAACUUUGAAAUUUGCCAAAGGAGCUGUUCAAAGUUCAUUGUCGAGAGCCGCAGUUGAUUGGAUGACUCGGACAGUUGACUUGACAACUUUCAUAGAUCAAUGGAAUCAUGGGACAUACGGCGUGGACGAGCAAUUCACACAAGCUUUUCAAAUAAGUGACUUUCUCGGGAUGCCAGGACACUUUACCGACAAAUGCAUAAAGAAAGGGAUUAUUACAGAAGGUAUCACCAGAUUUGCCCAAUGGACACAUGGCGAUCAGAGUAAGUGUGCCUCAAAGAAGAGUCGUCACGGAAUUUGUAUCAUGGGAAUAGAGCAUCUGAGCAUGAUGGCAAAAUCCGAACAUUUGAUGUUUAAUAAGGUGUUACCAUUAUUCGACUACUCUAUUAUUGAAUGCACCGCUGAGCUCCUGUUCAAUCGAACCUUUUUGGGGCAAAUCCAUCAUCCACUGAAUGAAGAGUACUAUUCAAAUAUGAUCAAUGUUUUGUACCACAAGCACCACCACGAGCCAAAUUACACGUUUAACUGUGACAAUGAUCAUUGAUAACUUGAAUCGUUUCAUCAAAUAGAAGGCAAAAAUUAAAAAUUUUCAUUCGUUUGAUAUUUUAUAAGGUUCUGUUGAUAAUUUUUUGAGACUCGGAAAUUUCUUCAAUUUCUGAAAAUCCGCAUUGCCUCUCAAACUUUUAACGCAUUUUUUUGAGUAUUUUAAUUGCAUAAAUAUACAUUG